AUGGUAUGUUUUCCUACAAGAGCACAUCUUAGACUAAUGCCAAAGUCAGUUUCUAGCCCCCGUCGAUUGAAUUACCACCAAAACCACCUUCGGAAGUCUAUGAGAGGUGGUGCCGGUGGAGGCCGAUCAAGUCCAUAUCUAUGGUCGGGAACCAAGCAGAUGAGUUCAGACAACUUAUCGGAGCCAACUUCUCCAAAAGUAACUUGUGCUGGCCAGAUUAAGGUCCGACCCAGCACAAGAUCAUGCAAGAAUUGGCAGACAGUCAUGGAAGAGAUCGAGAGGCUUCAUAAUAGAAAGAAGAAGCCUACUUGGGGAGCGACAUUAGGGUUCAAGAAAGAAAUUAUGCAGUUUUUAACUUGCUUAAGGAGGAUUAAGUUUGAUUUUCAUUGUUUAGGGGGGUUUUCCCAUGUAGAUAUCACUUCAGACGAUGAAGAUGAAGAUGAAGAUGAAGAUAGUAAUGAUAAAGAAAUCAAUCAAGAUCACCAUGAAGACUAUGAACAUGACAAGGACUCGAGAGUGUUUUCGAAAUGGUUUAUGGUCCUACAAGAGAAUCAAGAUUCUGGGGUGUUUGAAAAAGAAGAAAAAAGUUUGAAAUCUGAAACACCGGAAGAUCUCCCAUGUCUGCCACCUGCAAAUGCACUUUUCCUCAUGCGGUGUCGUUCUGCUCCUGCUAAAAGUUGGAUGGAGGAAAAGCAAGAAGAAGAAGAAGAAAAUGAUGAUGAUGAUGACGACGAAGAUCAUGAUAAAGAAGAAAAAGAAGAACAUGUUAAUGAUCAUGACAUCGAAAAGAAAGAAAACAAAAGGAAGAGUUUGAAGGAAUUGAUGAAAACCGAAAGUGAUUUCUACAAAUUAUCUUGUGAUAUUGCAAAGGAAACAUGGGUUAUUGGUGGGAUUCACAAAGAUCCAUUCUCAAGAAGUAGAAGUUGGAAAAGAUGA